UGUAAAAAUUAAAAUUAAUACAUAAUAAUUUGAAAUAUUAUAUUUUAUAAGAUUUAUUAAUAAUUACUAGAAGUAACAAAAUAAAAAGGUAACAAAAUAAAACCAUGUGCCUAUGGCUAAUCUACCUGUUCAAACAGCUUGCUCCACCAAUGUCCCAACCCAGGAAGGAAAGAGAGCUAGCCACAGAAGACCACCCUAUUAUCUCCUGUCUAUGUCAGCAUGUGAUGACAGGAAGUCAGUGGGCUCCAGGGAAAUGUAGUUCAAAGGCACAAGAUUUUUAAUUACACAUCAUUACUAUACAUAGUAUUCUCUUGUUCCUGUUUACUUCACUUUGCAUCACUUUAAGUCUUUCCAGAUUUUCCUGAAUUCAUCCUGUUCAUCAUUUCUUAUGACAUAAUUCAAAAAGUGAAAGUUAAGUAAAUCUCAAUUCCCUCCUAUCCCCUAGGACUUUUGGCAGUCUGCCUCCUGAUUUCUUAGUGCCUCCCACUAUCUUUUUGAAUUUGGUAUGGGGGUAUAUGGUCCCCUGGACACCUCAAAUCUCUAGAAAUUGAGGAAUUCCUCAAUUCUGAACCCCAGGAUUGUUGAUGGUAAAGAAAGCCAGCCCUGGUGCAACUAAAGUGACAACUGCAUAAACAAAGGAUUCUCUGAGAGAUGCAUUUCCUUUUGUUUUAGGUAUAUUUCCGCUAGUCUUAUGAUAAGGGUUUUAGCAUGACUGUACACCUUCUCAAAUAUCACUAGAUUCUCUGAGAUAUGCAACUCACUCUCCUUUAUGAUCAGGAUCUAAAAUGUCAAAACCAAUGCAUACUUGUGCUUCUACCCCAAAUACCAAGGCAUCUCACAUGGGAAUGUCACCUAAUCCUCUUUGUUUGUCCCCCUACCUGCCUUCCUGUCAUGUAGUCUCUGUUCCUUUAAGGUAUAAAAAUCCUGGACCCCUUUUCCUCAGGGAGGCAGACUUUACCUGCACCUGCCCCCCUGCCAUUCACUUAAUAAAUUCCUCUAUUUUAAAGCCUCAUUGGAGCCUGGUAAUUCUUUAAGUGGGCACCCUUCCAAACCAGAUAAUAUCAAGCUCUCCCACCACAAAUUCAAAUUAGCACCUGUGCUCCCUUUUCCUUAGCCAUUCCAUAGUACAUCUUCCUGUGCAGUAAUUGGGACAAGUUGUACACAGUGCCCCAUUGUCCCCACUGGAGACCUCUGAAGUGAGAGACAGAGUCACCUCGUUCUGUUAUUGGUAUCUUAAUAUAAGGGAGAGGAAUUUUCAGUAAGGGAGGAGACCAUUAUUUUGACAUACUGCCUAGACCUCCUCUUUUUACCCAACCAGAAGGUGGUGAAGCAAACAUCAGAGGGACCCUUGAAGGGCAUCUUGGGCUACACAGAGGACCAAGUUGUACUGUGGCUUUAACAGUGACACCCACUCUUCUACCUUUGAUGCUGGGGCUGGCAUUGCCCUACGUGACCAUUAUGUCAAGUUCAUUUCUUGGUAUAACAACAAGUAUGGUUACAGACAUCAUGUAGUAUACCUUAUGAUGUACAUGGCCUCCAAGGACUAAAGUGGAAAGCUAUGGAUCUUCAUCCCCAGCCAAAAAAGAGUAGUUCCACCACUGGGAAUCCCACAUUCAUAACCCAUGUCCCUAUGCUGGAGAUCCCAUGCCCCAUUCACAUACUUGUCCCAAAGCACCCCUGCUGUGUGUGUGUAUAUGUGUGUGUGUGUGUGUGUGUGUGUGUGUGUAUGAGGAGCAUAGAGUCCUCUAUUGUGUACCAUCAAUAAAGUCAUCACAUUCAGUGCAAAUAUAUAUAUAUACAUAUGUAUAUAUAUUUAUAUUGCUCAUGGGUAGGCCAAACUAAUAUAAUAAAAUAUAAUAAAAAUGACAAUUCUACCUAAAUGAAGUAAUUUAUUUAUUCAGUGACAUACAAAUCAAAUUAUCAAAUAAUUAUUUUAAAGAACUAGGAAAAAUAAUAACAAAAUUCAUCUGGAAGAACAAUUUUCUCCUUUGAUAUCUCAGAUUUGCUGUUUAAUUGGGGAUUUUUAAUUUGUUCUCUUUCUGGUUUUAUUUUUUAAAUAUUUUUUAAAUUGCAUGCCUAAUUCAUUAAUCUUUUCUUUCCCUACUUUACUGAUAUAAGUGUUUCUAGAUGUAAAUUUUCUCCAAAAUACUAUUUUGACUACAUUCUAUAAAUUUUAGCUUGCUGUUUCAUUGUCGUCAGUCUUUUUCUUUUUUUUUAACUUUUUUUUCAAUUACAUGUAGAAAUAAUUUUCGACAAUUGUUUUCUGAAUUUUUACAAUUGAGUUUCUCUUCCAAUCUUCCCCAUUCAGGUGGUAAAUAGUGUUGUAUAGGUUAUAACAAUGCUUUCAUGUAAUAUGUAAUAUGUAUUUCCAAAUUGUGUUGUCAUUUUCUUUAAUGAAAUUAUUUCUUUGAUUUGUUUUUUUUACCUAUUUAUUCUUUAGGAUUAGAUUACUUAAUUUCCAAUUUGUUUUUAAUUUGUGUUUCAAUAACCCUUUAUUGAAUAUAAUUUUAUUGCAUUAUGAUCUGGAAAGGGUAUAUUUAAUAUUUAAUUUUUCAGCCAUCACAACCAUAUACCACAACUUGUUCAUCCAUUCCCCAAUCUAUUGUAGCUUUUUAGCAAGAUGUAAUUUCUUUACUCAUCUUUUUAAAUUAUAUCUAUUUUUGCUUUUGUUUUGUCUUAAAUCAUGAUUGUUAAGCCUGCAUUUAAAACAAUUUUCAGCUGAACCAUAGUAGAUUUUGCACUAGUCUGUUCCAUGCCUUUUGGUCCUUCAGUAUAGAUGCAGCCAGAUCCUGUGUUGUCCUCACUGUGAUUCCAUGUUAUCUGAAUGACUUCUUUUUAGCAGCUUGUAAUAUUUUUUCCUUGGUCUGAUAGUUCUUGAAUUUGGCUAUAACAUUCCUGGGUGUUGUCAGUUGGGGGUUAAGUACAGGAGGUGAUAUGUGGAUUCUUUCAAUCUCCACUUUUCCCUCUUGUUCUAGAAUAUUAGGGCAGUUUUCUUGGAUAAUUUCCUAUAGGAUAAUGUCCAGGCUUUUUCUUUUGUCAUGGUCUUCCAGUAGACCAAAGAUUCUUAAGUUGUCUCUCCUGGAAUGAUUUUCUAAAUCUUCUGUUUUGUGAAUGAAGUGCUUCUUAUUUUCCUCAAUUUUUUAAUUCUUUUAAUUUUGUUUUAUAUUUUCCUGCUGCCUUGUGAAGUUGCUUGCUUCUAAGUUGUUGUAGUCUGGUUUUUAAAGACUGGAUUUCUUCCCUGGCUUUUUAGUCAUCCUUCUCCUUCUGAUCUUUCAUCUCCUUUGUCUCAUUUUCAGGCUGAUUAAUUUUGGCUUUCAAGAUACUAUUUUCUUGUUUUAGUUCAAGUGCACAUGUUUCCAGAUGACUUAUCUUGCUUUUUAAAUUAUUUUUCCAGUUCCCCUUCAGCAUCUCUUAAUUGUGUUUUGAAUUAUAUUUUGAGUUUUUCCAAAGCCUGUGUCUAAUUUGUUGGAGUUUCUAUGUUUUUGUUUGGUGUUUCUUCAUCCUUCUUCAUUACAUUUGUUCUUUGUUCAUUGCCUGGAUAGAAGCUGUUGAUUGUAAUUUCAUUUUUCUUUUUCUGUUGUUUGCUCAUAUUUCCCCCUUCUUUUCCCCUGUUGUUGCAUGCACUCUUGUUCCUCUCAUUAUGUUUUAUAUCUGUGGUUUUGGGCUUUUCUGUCAGCCUUCCUCCUUGGAGCUUAGUCAGCAUCUCUCAGUGCAGUCUGUGGGGGAGGGGUCUUGGAGCUUGAGCUUCUCUUUCUUCUGAAGUCUUUGAUGAGAUUAAGUCCAGCUGGUUUGAACUUGUAGAGCUGGAUGUGCACUGAGGCCAAAACUUUGGGAAGGGGGGGGCAAUAUGGAGUAUCUCUGCUGCUGCAACUAGGCUGCCCGCUCUGUGCUUCUUCUCCAACUACUUCUCCACCACCUGUGUUCGAUGCUCUGAGUCUUGCACAGCUUUGCCAGGAAGGUACACCCUCCAGACCAGCACCCUUGUCCAGCCAGAGGUUCCAGCUAACGCUGGUGGCUCAGUGAUCUUGGAGGGGGAGGGGUUCCUGGGACCUUCCUUCUUCCUUCCCCUUAAACCUGAGUGUUCUCGAAUUCAGGCUUUUGGGGGGGGGCAUACCUUUUAAGGUGAGUCUAGCAGGAGGGCUCCUUGGCUCUGUCCUGUUAUUAGGUUUGAUUUUCAGUCCCCUAGGAGGAUUUAGUUUGUAAUCAGUAAGGAAGAAUUUUCAGAGGUCUGAACUUUUGCUACCUCUAAGCUGCCAUCUUGACUCCCUUAUUUUCUUUUUCUGUGAUAUUAGCCAGUAUACUAGGUAUGAGGGGGUAACUCAGAAUUGUUUUAAUUUGCUUUUUUCUAAUUAAGAGUGACUUGGAAAAAUAAGAGUGAUUGAGAGGAUUUUCCAAGUGAUUAUAGGUAUAUCCUGAAUUUCUUCAUCUGAAACUUGCUUAUUCAGAGCCUUUGAUCAUUUAUCAAUUGUGGAAUGAUUUACAUUCUUAUACAUUUGACUUAGUUCUCUAUGUAUUUGAGAAAAAGGCCUUUACUAGAGAUCCUUGUAAAAAUUUUUUCCCAGAUUAAAGUUGAACAAAUUUAAACAGUGAUAAUUUCAUAUUUAAGGAAUGAGACCUAGUUUAAAAGCCUCCAUGGGUAAACUAGGUAAAAAUUAAAGUCCUUAGAGGUUUUACCAUGGACUAAUUUGAGAGUAGAAAUUUAUAUAUCACCAAGGUAACUCAGAAAAGACAGUGUCAGGAAAAUGGUUUUUUAUACAGUUAACUAGGGUGACAAAUCAUUUUUGGGGAACUUCAAACUUCCCUUGGGAUUCCCUCUGAGUAAUAUUGAAAAGUUAACAUUAUUGUCCCAUAAGUCAGAUUUUGUUCAGACUAGGUUAAUAUAAAAAGAAAGUUUUCAGGUGACUAAAAGUUUGUAGGAGGAAUUGCCCUGAUCCGGAACAAUAAAUAAAAUAAAUGGCAAACAUAAACGCUAUGAAACAAAAGGCCAAAGUAAUAUAAUAAUGAUCAUAGAUAAUAAAUUACAUCAAGUCUCCUUGUAACCUGAUAACUCACUCACAGUAUUCAUGCAAUCAGGGCAUUUCAUCUUGAAUCCCAGAGGUCCUCUGCUGUCCUCUGGUCUUUGGAAACAUCUUCCCUUGGACAUUCUGGAAAAGCUCUCUUCAUCAGGGCAGCUCUGAAGGGACUCCUUCUAGUGGAUUUGCUUCUCUGAUUCCAAGUUACUUGCAAAGACAUGGUCAAUUCUACUAAAAUCUGCCAGCAACAUUUCAAUACAAGUUAGUGUAAUCUCUUAAAUUUGCUUUUCCUAUAAGUACUUCAUGUUGAUAAAACUAACUGAAAACCUUAUAGAUCCAAACUCAUUAACAGUAGAGAUAUAAGAAGAACAAAUUGUGAACCCAUAAUUCACCUGCGACUUCAGAGAAUUUCAGGUUUUUUUAUACCACUUGUGCUUUCUAUCUUUACCCAAAGCCCUGUAGGUGAUAUGGACAAUGCCACUAAGAUCCUAAAGGAAGAAUCUUAAAAAAAUAUAUUCAUGAGGCCUCACAUAACAUGAGUCUUACUGUCUUUUAAUAUUAUCACACAAAUACUUAAAAAGAGAAAUAUGAAAAAAGAGAUUUAAAAAAUCUAAAAAAAAUUUUUUUAAAAGGAAUGCAAUUUACAUGUAAAGCAAAAUCUAAUUUUCAGAAUGUAUUUAUUUAUUAUCUCAUCAUUAAAAACAUACUCAAGGUCUGUAUAUCCCAUUUGGAAGGCCACACACCACACCACACAUACACACACACACACACACAUGCACAGGAAGGCAGCUAAAACAGACUCUGUGGAAUUCUUAGAAUCUGAUUAGACAGUGAAGAAAUCGAGAUCUAUGAGAUGCAGUGUGUUCUUGGGGAAAGUGUGAAUAACCAGGUUUCAAGAGGCUUCUAUGUUCAAAUCCUAGUUCCCAUAAUUACUAGGUAUUGAACUUUGGCAGGUGACUUUAUUUUUCUGAUCCAUUUUCCUUAUACAUAAAGCAGAAUGAUUAUCAUAUCCUGGCUCUUGCCAGCUCAUAAGAGACUGUUCAGUAGCAGCAGAAACCUUUUAGUGCUCUACAAAUAUGAACCAUUCUUCUGUGAGGUUCUCUCAAGUCCCUUCCAACUCUGAGGUUCAAUAGACUUGGACUUGAGGGUCUGUUUUGUGCAGGACCAUUUCUAUGCACAGGGGGACACAGGUAAAUAAUUUGUGGGGCCUUGACCUUAUGGAGCUCACCAAAUGAAGACAGAUACAGAUUUAAUUCAAGAAAUUUUAUUUUUUAUUUUUAAAAAUGAGUUUUUAUUGAUAUUUUCUCUUUCUUACAUCCCAAUUGUUUCCCAUGUUUACCUCUCCCUCUUGCUCUGGCUUCCCAAGAGCCAUCUCAUAUGACAAAUAGCAUUUAUUUGAGAAAACAAACAAACUCUUGCCCACUGUCAUAGAAUCAAUAGUAGAUCUCAGAGGAGCAGCAAAGGUAGGCAAUUAGGGUUGAGUGAAUUACUCAAGGUCAAACAGUUAGGAAGUGACCAAGGUCAUAUUUGAACCCAGGGCCUCCUCUCUCCAGGCCUGGCUGUCUAUCCACGGAGCCAUCUAGCUGCUCCAAAAUAGCAUUUUUUUAAGAAAGGAGAAAAAAGUCAGCACAAUUAUUUGACAUGUUGGGAAAGUCUGAAAAUGUGAAAUGUAGAACAUCUGUGGACUUCACACCUCCAUGAAAAGAUAGGUUGGGGAUAUCCUCUCUUUACAUUUGAGUCCCACUUGAUCUCAAUUUUGCUAGAUGGUGUGUGGUUUAUUGUUUCUAUUUACAUUGUAGUUACUGUGUUACUCUGUCAGUUCAUGGAGAUCUUCCCAUGUUUCUCUGUAUUCAUCAUGCCCAUUCACAGGGAGUGAAGGUCAACCUCAGGUCAACAAGUAACUUCCCAAGUUACUGCUGGUCUGUCAUUCUUUCUAUUCCCCUAGUCCUCCCCUAUGGCCCCCUCCCCCAGUCUUGGCAAUGAAUGAUCCUUAGCUUCCUUCCAUUAGCAUCUGUAUCAGAAACUCAAAGUGUUUUUAAUUGUUUGGGGGAGGUAGAGAAGAGCACAUGGGACCAAAGUCCAGGACCACAGUUGGCUUCUGGCCCUUAAGAAACAUUUGAAAAGUGAAUACAGGAUUAACAGAAUAAUCAUGUCACAGUCCAGCUCUAAAUUAACAAAUAACCUGUGUACAGAAGGGAAACAGAGGAGAAUGAGAUAAAUACAAAGUAGGGGUUCAAAGGCAAAGUCUUGGAGUUACUUAGCUGACUCAUUUUGUAGUGAUCAGCUUGGAGGACCAAAAGGCUAACAUGCAGUUUCCUCAUGGUCCAAGAGAACUGGGGAUUAGCAAAAAGGGAGAGAAAUAAUAAUGCACAUGUAGUAUUUUAAAUUUUUCAAAACACAGCUAAACUGGGAUCUUAUGAAUUUGGUAAUAGAAGUAUUCUUAUUUUCUUUUUUGCAGAAGAUGAAUCAGAGGCAUAGAAAGAUAAAAUGACUUACUUGUGGUUAAGAGCUAGUGUCAUAAGGUAAGAGACCAGAGCAAUGGUUAGCAGGUAUUUGUUAUUCUAUUUUCUUUAUUCAUUUUUAAACUCUUGCCUUCCAUCUUAGAAUCAUUAUAUGUUUUGGUUCUAAGGCAGAAGAGUGGUAAGGGCUAGGCAAUGAGGGUUAAGUGACUUGCCCUGGGUCACACAGCUAAGGACGUGUCAGAGGCCAGAUUUGAAUCUAGGACCUCUCAGUUCUAGACGUGGUUCUCAAAUCCACUGAGCCACUUAGAUGUCUCCAGCAGGUGUUUUUUUUUGUUUGUUUUUUUCUAUUCAUGCCCAAGGAUUUUAUUUUUUAAAAUUUUAUUUAAUUAGUCAAUUUAGUAUAUUUUUCCUUGGUUAUAAGGAUCAUAUUCUUUCCCUCUCCCCCUUCCCCACUUCCUCCUGUAGCUGACAUGCAGUUCCACUGGAUUUUACAUGUGUUGUUGAUUAAGACCUAUUUCCAUAUUAUUGAUGUUUGCACAAGGGAGAUUGUUUAGAGUCUAUAUUCCCAAACAUAUCCCCCUUGACCCAUGUGAUCAAGCAGUUGUUUUUUCUUCUGUAUUUCUAUUCCUGCAGUUUUUCCUCUGAAUGUGGAUAAUGUUCUUUCUCAUAAGUCCCUCAGAAUUGUUCUGGAUCAUUACAAUGCUGCUAGUAGAGAAGUCCAUUACAUUUGAUUGUACCACAGUGUAUCAGUCUCUGUGUAGUGUUCUCCUGGUUCUGCUCCUUUCACUCUGUAUCAUUUCCUGGAGGUCAUUCCAGUUCACAUGGAAUUCCUCCAGUUCAUUAUUCCUUUGAGCACAAUCGUUUCCAUCACCAACAUAUGCCACAAUUUGUUCAGCCGUUCCCCAAUUGAAGGGCAUUCCCUCAUUUUCCAAUUGUUUUUUUGCCACCACAAAGAGCACAGCUAUGAAUAUUCCUGUUCAAAUCUUUUCCCUUAUUAUCUCUUUGGGGUACAAACCCAGCAGUGAUAUGACUGGAUCAAAGGCCAGACAGCCUUUUAGUGCUCUUUGGGAAUAGUUCCAAAUUGUCCUCCAGAAUGUUUGGAUCAAUUCACAACUCCUCUAGCAAUGCAUUAUGGUCCCAAUUUUGCCACAUCCCCUCCAACAUUCAUUACUUUCUUUUGUUGUCAUGUUAGCCAAUCUGCUAGGGGUGAUUAGAGUUGUUAUGAUUUGCAUUAUUUCUCUAAUUAUAAGAGAUUUAGAAAAGUUUUUCAUGUGCUUAUUAAUAAUUUUGAUUUCUUUAUCUGGAAAUUGCCUAUUCAUGUCCCUUGCCCAUUUAUCAAUUGGAGAAUGAUUGAUUUAGCUCCUUAUAUGUUUGAGUAAUUAGACCUUUUCCUGAGUUUUUGUUAUAAAGAUUUUUUUUUCCAAUUUGUUGCUUCCCUUCUAAGUUUAGUUGUAUUGGUUUUGUUUGUACAAAAACUUUUAAAUUUAAUGUAAUCAAAAUUAUUUAUUUUAUAUUUUGUAAUUUUUUCUAACUCUUACUUGGUCUUAAAAUCUUUUCUUUCACAAAGAUUUGACAAGUAUACUAUUCUGUUUUCACCUAAUUUACCUAUAGUUCCCUUCUUUAUAUUCAAGUCAUUCAUUCAUUCUGAAUUUAUCUUGGUGUAGGGUGUGAGCUGUUGAUAUAAAUCUAAUCUUUCCCAUAAUGUUUUCCAAUUUCCCCAGCAGUUUUUGUCAAAUAGUGAAUUUUUGACCCAAAAGCUGGGAUCUUUGGGUUUAUCAUAGACUGUCUUACUGAGGUCACUUACCCCAAGUCUAUUCCACUGAUUUUCUCUUCUGUCUCUUUGCCAAUACUAUAUUGUUUUUGAUAAUCACUGCUUUAUAGUACAGUUUAAGAUCUGGUACUACUAGGCCAACUUUCUUCACAUUUUUUUUAUAAGAAAGAAUAUUUUUAAAAGAAAAAAGGAAAAGAGCAAAUAUAAUAAGUAAAACUGAUCAGGGCAGUAGGGAACACAGUGGAUAGAGCUCCAUGCCUGGAAUUGGGUCAAAUCUGGCCUUAGAUACUUCCUAACUGUGUGACCCAGGGCAAGUAACUUAACUCUAAUUUCCUAGCCCUUGUUGCCCUUCUGUCUUAUAAUUGAUACUACGCCAAAGGUAGGAGUUUAAAAAACCCCCAUCUAUACACUGACAAAAUCAGUCACUGUUGUAGUCAUUAUGUAUAUUGUUUUCUUGACUUUAUUUCACUCUGUAUCAAUUCAUGUAAGUCUUCCCAUGUUUCUAUGUAUUUAUCAUUUCAUCAUUUUUUAUUAUUCCAUUAUACUCAUGUGCCACAAUUCAUUUAGCCAAUUCCCUCUAUGGGCAUCUGCUUUGUCCUCAGUUCUUUGUUAUCACAAAAAAUGUUGUUCCAAAUAUUUUGGUGUAUAAGUGAGACCUUUGUUAUCAAUGAUUUCCUUGGGGUAUAUGCCUAGUAAUAGACUGUCUGGGUCACAGAAAUGAGAGAUUUUAGUCACUUUAUUUCCAUUAUAUUUUUAAUGAAACAUUUUCCAAAAUCUUUAGACUAAUCCAUAGCUCUACCAAAAAUGCAUUAGUGAGUCUAUUUUCGUAUAACCUCAUAAACCUUGACUAUUCCCAUCAUUUUUCAUGUUUACCAAUUUGUUAAGUAUGACACCUCAGAGUUGUUUUGAUUUAAGAUUUAAGAAAAAAACAUCUAUUCUUGCUGUUCUUUUACCUUCCUGAAGCCUAGGCCUCACUGUAGGAAAUCUAUCUAUCUAUCUAUCUAUCUAUCUAUCUAUCUAUCUAUCUAUCUAUCUAUCUAUCUAUCUAUCUUUGCAAAAGAACAUGUCUUUAAUCAGGAGAAGUCUCUUUUGUCCCUCUGAAGAUCUUGACUUAUUUUCUGAAUGUUAAUUUGUCUGUUUUUCAUCAGUAGUUUGUCAGUUCUCUGUGUUGUUUUUCCUUUUUAACCAUGCUUCCCUUGUACUUCCCAGCAACUGAUAUUAUUUCUUUUGUGAGCUUACCUUUAUACAUUUGGUACAUAAUCUGGAAACUAUACAUUAGGUUUUCUUCUUUUUACUGCUGAACCAAUCCCAGAGGUGUCUGGUAAAAUCCUGAGCUCGUGUGAGUUCUAGUAAUUUAUUUAAAAAAAAUUUUUUUAAACCCUUACCUUCUGUCUUGAAGUGAAUACUGUGUAUUGGCUCCAAGGCAGAAGAGUGGUAAGGGCUAGGCAAUGGGCGUCAAGUGACUUGCCCAGGGUCACACAGCUGGGAAGUGUCUGAGGCCAGAUUUGAACCUAGGACCUCCUAGAGAUAGGCUUGGCUCUCAAUCCACUGAGCUACCCAGCUGCCCCCUCUAGUAAUUUAUGAUAAAUCAUUAAGGAUAGAAAAGACUUUCUAACAAAGUAUCUGAAAACUUCUGGAAGGGAUCUUAGAAUAUAAUAACACAUUUAUAUAGCAUUUUUAAAGUUUGUAAAUUACCUCACUAUCACAAUUCACUUAUCUCGGCUUUACCAUACUGUUGGUUUUAAAAAUGAACCUAAUUCUGUGUGGCAGAAUUUUUUCAAUAUUGCACAAUUUUCCAGAUGAAUCCCAUACUGUAUACAAUGGAAAUGUAGUAUGCCAUUACAAUUUUCAGAAGUUUGCCAAUUUGAGACUGUACACGACAUACUAUUGGCUGAUGGAAUUAAAGGUGACCAACCACAGCACUGUGUUCUGUAUCCUGGGUGCUGAUUGACUCAGUGUUUAUUAGAGAGUGGAAAAGGUUUAUAGGAGAGUAGGAAGAGUUUAUAAAGCCUUAAAAUAUAGGUAAAUAGUAAAAUAAAUAUAACAUUUUUACCUGGCAGAUUUUCAGGUAUUGUGGGGCUCUCUGGAACUCUUGCAAUAUGUGAAGGAUCACUGUACUUUCCUCAUAAUAACCGUAUGAGGUAGGAAGUGUGAACAUUAUUAUCCCCAUUUUACAGAAGACAAAUGGAGGCAUUUGAGAGGUAAAAGGACUGACUGGUGACCCAUGAGCCACAGAGUAAAAUAUCCAAGGUGAGAUUCAAGCCUAGGUCUCCUAUAGACAGAGGGAGCUAUGCUAUAAAAGGCUCUUCGUGAGUGCAUUUGCUGGCCACUUUCAUUUGUGUAAAUCUACCAUUCUAAAAGUUCAGGAAACUACUCCACAGACUCCCCAAGGAUUGAUUCCAGGACUCCAAUCGAAUGCUCUCCACUAAUCAAGUCCAAGGGGGGCGGGGUUGGCUGGAGGUUUGAAGAGCAGGAGUGGGAAGAUAAAUGACAAGGAGGAGCCCAGUUGGCAGUACAAGGGGCUAGAGCCCAUACUGUCCUGGGCUCCUUGUGCAGAGCAGAAGGAUUCCUGCUAUUUGAAGGCUGCUAGACUCUUAAAAAUCCUUUUUCCCCACCAUGAUUUGUGAGUUUGAUUGGGACAGUCUUUGAUUCUAGUUAGGGCUCCUUUGCCUCCCCAUUUGGCUUCUCUGCUUUCCACUUGCUUUUCUCUUGUCCCUCUCUAUUCUCCUUCCCCUCUUCUCUGAUCUUUUCCCCUUUCCACUUAUUCACCUCCCACCCAUUCUCUCACCUCUCCUAUUUCUUUCCCAUUGUUUUCUCCUUUCUUUUUCUGUUUUUUUCUUUCCCUCCUUUCUCCCCUUCCCUUAUAAAUUGUUUUCUCUCUCAUUUUCUUGGUCUCCAUCCCCUACUCUUCUCUCCAUCCUGACCUUUUUCUUCUUCUUCCUAACCAGGGUCACAUCUCUCACUGGGGCUGUUGCUUUUGAUGUAUUCUACUCCAGAAACCUCUGCUAAAGUGAAUCCCUGCUGCUACUACCCAUGUCAAAACAAAGGUAUCUGUAUACACUUUGAACUAGAAAAAUACCAGUGUGAUUGUACCAGAACUGGCUACUAUGGGCCCAAUUGCACCACCCCAUUGCUAUGGACGAGGAUCCGGGAAGGCCUGAGUCCUAGCCCUUCAUUCACUGACUUCCUCCUGACCCACAUUCGCUGGAUCUGGAAGUUGAUCAACGCUACCUUCCUCCGAGAUGUUCUUAUGAGGCUUAUUAUUACAAGUCGAACAAACCUGAUUCCUAGCCCAUCCACCUACAACUCACACCAUAACUACAUUACCUGGGAAUCCUAUUCCAAUUUGAGCUACUAUUCCCGAGUCCUACCCCCUGUACCUGAAGACUGUCCUACCCCCAUGGGGGUCAAAGGGAAGAAACAGCUGCCAGACCCAGAGGUGCUGGUCAAAAGUUUCCUGUUGAGGAAAGAGUUUGUGCCAGACCCUCAAGGGAGCAAUCUUAUGUUCGCCUUCUUCGCCGAGCACUAUACUCAUCAGUUCUUCAAGGAUUUUGGAGAGUUUAAUCCUGCCUUAACUAAAGCCAGGGGCCACGGAGUAGACCUCAGUCACAUUUAUGGAGACAACCUGCAGCGCCAGCAGCAGCUACGACUUUUUAAGGAUGGGAAGCUCAAGUUUCAGAUGAUGAAUGGGCAGAUGUAUCCACCAUCAGUGUCUGACACUCAAGCAUACAUGAAUUAUCCAUCAACUGUGCCUAAAAGUCAACAGAUGGCCGUGGGCCAUGAAGAGUUAGGGAGGCACCCAGGCCUCAUGAUGUAUGCUACAAUCUGGCUUCGGGAGCACAACCGUGUCUGUGACAUCUUGAAAUCGGAGCAUCCCACCUGGAAAGAUGAGCAGCUCUUUCAGACAGCCCGACUCAUCCUCAUAGGGGAGACCAUCAAGAUUGUCAUUGAAGAAUAUGUGCAGCACCUUAGUGGCUAUAACUUGAAGCUGAAAUUUGAUCCUGAACUGCUGUUUGGAGUCCCGUUUCAGUAUCAAAACCGCAUCUCCUUGGAGUUUAACCAUCUGUACAACUGGCAGUUAUUUAUGCCUGACUCUUUUUUGGUGGGAAAUAAGGAACACAACUUUGAACAGUUUUCAUUCAACACCUUCAUUCUUUCGAGCUAUGGUGUAGAGGUCCUGGUGGAUUCUUUCUCCCAACAGAGCACAGGCAAGAUUGGUGGGGUCAAUAACAUCAACCACUCUUUGAGGAGUGUGGUUGAGAACACCAUUCUGGAAUCACGUCGCCUGAAGUUUCAGUCCUUCAAUGAAUACCGCAAGCGAUUUGGCUUGAAACCCUACACCUCCUUUCAAGAGCUCACAGGAGAAAAUGAGAAAUCAGCAGAACUGGAGAAGUUGUAUGGAGACAUUGAUGCUGUGGAGUUCUACCCAGGUUUACUUCUAGAGAAAUCUCUGCCCAACUCUAUUUUUGGGGAGAGCAUUAUGAAUAUUGGAUCCAUUUUCUCCCUCAAGAUUCUCAUGUCAAACCCCAUCUGUUCUCCUGAGUACUGGAAGCCCAGUACAUUUGGUGGUCAGGUUGGCUUUAACCUUGUCAAGACAGCCACCUUGCAGAAGCUUGUUUGUCUCAAUGUCAAAAAGUGCCCUUAUGUAUCAUUCCGUGUGCCUGAAGGCAAGUAAAGGGUGAAGAGGCCAUUUCCUGAGUUUUGAGAGAAGCAUUAGGAUUCCAGAAGGCUCUGUGUGGUUCUUAUUUUCUGAUCUGGAAUUUGGGUUCUUGAUUUCAUAUUGCAGAGUGUUCAAUUCUAAGCUGGUUUUCCCAAAUGUUCUAGAGCACUGUACUCUUUGCUAACAUUCCAGAGUAUUAGAGAUUCUGGUUUAUCAUUCCAGUGCAUGGGUUACUAAUAGACAUUUUUGAAUAUUGGCUGGCUUUUUAGAACCUCAGAUUGUAAUUUGAUUUUCUAGAGCAUUGAUUUCUUCUGUCCUCUCCAAAUGAGUCACUAAAAGAACUUUGAUCAUCUAGGGAAGGUACCUUUUAUGUGGACAGGCCCCAAGGAAACUACAUUGGCCUCAGAUCUGGGAUGGGAUUGCUGUGGAAAGUGGGGGAGAGGGUUUGGGAUCUCUUUAUGGUUCUCAGGUCCAGUCUAAUGUGUUUUUAUUGUAGAUUUCUGGGGGAUUGUUGUGUGUUGGGGAUAGUGACAUGCACUUCCCUCGUAACAUCACCUCUUCUAAGACCCCAGAUUUCCCAAGAGAUCCUGGGUCCUCAGCUGAGGCUAAUAAAAUGAUCUUCCAAAAAAGUUCAUUAUUUAUUUUAACAUUCAUUAAAAAUUAUUUUAUUCCUGAA